AUGUAUCUCUCAGACAUGCGCCCCAACCAUUACACGGGACUUGAUCAUCCGGGAGAUCAUCCGCGGCGAUAUGUCCAUACACUAGCUUCCUUGAAGCUGGAGAGCCAGAAUCUUUCGGAGACCUCUUCUGGGGGGGCCGGACCUGUGGCUGGCGGACCUGACCCCGAUUGCGCUGUCUCGAACCCCAAGACGCUGUUCUUCCCCACACGCGUUCGAUGGGGAAGAGGCAGGGAGCACAGAACGGCAGGUCAUAAGUCGGUGUGCUGCGCCAUGGAGGAGAUGAAGAAUGAUGAAGUUCGAAUGGGAGCGAUGAACAACGCUACGAGCGGGACAGCCAUGAGGCUGCGUAUCGGUCGUCCGUCGGCGAUCCCCGUCUUUCGGCGUUUCCCCACCACCCGCGGAUCCCAGACUUUUGCAGGAAAGCUCAAGGCGUCGGUUCCUUUUUAA